ACGUGACGUGACUUGACUUGACGUGUUGAUUAGCGAAGAGAAGUUGAUGUAUAUACUCCAUCUUCUUCCACGUCGGCGAUAAUAGCCAUCCCAUCUCCUUCCUCCCCUGCCUCUUCUCCUGCUUCCGUCGACGACAGCCUUUGGUCUGUAAACCCUGACGUCCAUCUUUCACAAGUCAGGUACCGUCAUACGCAGCAAACAGUUUGACACAGUCGUGCUUUUUUUUGUUUCCGUGGAGUUGUGCAUAGUGAACACGACAAGACACAUGCACAUGAUCUCACGUAUCGUAUCCAUCGUUUUCAUCAUCUUCUGCGGGUCUUCUGGUGAAGCCUCAAGUCCUCCCGAUCUAAUUUUAACGUAUUUGGGCGGGAGGGAAGUGGAAAAGUGACGUGUUUACGUGUCUUGCCAGUCGUGUUGUGGCGGGAGAAAAGUCGAAGCUAGCGUGUUGCCACUCGUUUUUGGCGGGGAAACAUGGCGUGCUAAUCGUAUUUGCGCGGGAAAAAAGUGGAAGCCGCGUGUUUGCGUGUCUUGCCAGUCGCGUUGUGGCGGGAGAAAAGUUGAUCUGCUCUGGACGGCCCGACGUGAGAGGGAUCUCAACAGACGAAGGAAAGAGAGCGGAAGGAAGUAAGGAAAGAAGAAAGAAAGGAAGACACCUAUCUAGCUGAGUGUGCACACUCCUGCGUGAGGCAGACGUUCAUGUCCACAGAAUAGCAGACACAGAAACGAAGAGACUGAGGUGUACACAACACAAACACCCGUACGCAUGCACACACAGAUAGAUUGAGAGAGAGAGAGAGAGAGAGAGAGAGAGAGAGAGAGAGAGAGAGAGAGAGAGAGAGAGUCCAUGGCGUUGGCCGCGGGGUCGAAGGUGGUGGUAUUGGGAGUAAGAGGUGCAUCGAGCCUUUGCACGCCUGAGGCGUGUCUUCAUGUCGGCGAUGGUGAUAUUCAUAGUAGCGACCGUCAUCUUGGAGCUGUCGGGAUCGGAGCAGUAGGAGCAGUAGGAGCAAGAGGAGGAAGGGAAGGAGGAGGGAGAGGAGGAGGGAGAGGUGCGGAGAGCUUGGCGGCUAAUACCAUUGGAUUCGGUGCUGAGUUGCGGCCCCAGCGAGGCCCAUCGACAAACUCAUGCACGUCUCCAAUCAACGAGCGACGGGACCCAUUUCCCAGGCGUAGCUUGGCAGCAUCUUUAGAUGCCUGCCUUUCUCCUUGUCAAUCUUCGUCCUCAUCAGGAUCUUCAGUCUCGAUCCCAUCUUCGUUCUGCUCGUUACCAUCAUCAUCGUCUGCAGACAGCGUGGCGACAACCGCGGCAGCUCUUCCCCCGUUGUCGGGAUCGGGACUGCUACCUUUGCGCCGGCAUCGCGGACAUCGCCGGAAAGUUUUCACGCGCGAUGGAAGCGACUUGGUGGAGGUAAGGUCGCGACUGUCCUCGUCGGGCGACGAGGUCGUUGGAUCGUCGUCGGAACCAACAACUUCCUUCUCCACUACCACCCCCUCCUCCUCGCGUUCCUCUACGGCAAUCUUCAACAACAAGUACGACUCUUCUUCGGUGUUCGUCGCUGAGGGGUCCUUGUCGUCUGCCUCCUCUUCGACGGACGGCAAUGGGAUCGCGGCUGGGAUUGGCACCGGGACCGGGCUUUCGCUCGAGUCUCGCGGCGGCAGCAGCAGCAGCAGCAGCAGCUGGAUGGGCGGCGCAGGAGCCGGCGACGCGGGCUUUUUCCCGCGCUUUCGCACGCUGAAAUCGUACGGCUCUCGCGCGAGUGGUUUGCAGGCGUUCGUGACUGCAAUCAGGAAGGCGGGAGCUGACUCCGGCAUAUCCAUUAUCGAGCUUUUGGCGGCAAAUGUGGAAGCGGCGGCCCAGGUGCAGAAAUUCGAGACUAUCUCUGGAAGGGCAGCUAUGAUCUGUCUCCUGACCGCCGUCGGAUUGGAGGUGUUUACAGGCGAUAGUGUGUUCACAGGCGUCGAUGGCCACACAUUGGCGGGAGUAGGGAUGUUGUCCUUCCUGGCGUGCGUGUCGGCGACCUCCUUCGCUCUCCUGCUGAGAGCCAAGAAUCAUGCAGCGGCGAUCUUGGCGCUGGGAUGCAAGAAUCUCGUCGAUUCCGCUGUCGACAACCUCAUCGACGGAAUUUUCUUCGACAAUAUUGAAGACGCGGGGGGUCCCGGCGACUCAUCUUCUUCUUCCUCCUCCUCCUCCUCCUCCUCCGCUUCCUGAUCCUCCUCCUGGAGUACUUGAGUCAAAUAUUGUUUAUAAGGCCAUAAGGCUAAAAUGUUUUCCACCCCCCCUUCUCCCUCCCUUACUACUCCUCCUCUUACUCCUUUUACCCCUCUUCCUCCUUCUUACUCCUUUUACCCCUCUUACUCCUCCUCUUACUCCUCUUACUCCUCUUACUCCUCUUCUUACUCCUUUUACCCCUCUUACUCCUCUUCUUACUCUUUUACCCCUCUUUACUCCUCCUCUUACUCCUUUUACCCCUCUUACUCCUCCUCUUACUCCUUGAUUAGUCCUCCUUGUAUCUUCUUCCUUCUGCUUGUCUCUUCUUCGUCCUCCUCUUUCUGCUUGUCACCUCCCGGUUUGCUCCCGAUCUUCUCGUCGUGGAUUCUCCUCGUCUUCUUCUCGUCUCUUUGCCCAUCUUCUGUCUCCUCCUCCUCCCCCCAAGACGUCGGAGAGCAGGGGCUCUUCAAUUUUCGUCU